GGCUCUCACGAUCAAACGUGUUCUUCUUCUGGGAGGCGCUUCUUGAACUCUUCGAGGAGAAACUGAGCUGAGGAGAUCUUCGGUGUUUGACUCCAGACUCGAGGAGAUGCAGUGAUUCUGAGGAACAGACUGGAUCUGUCCUUCUCCUCUGGCCGGUGUGAAGAUGAUUCCUGUGAAUGAGUUCCGGAGCAUCACGACCGAGCAGAACCCUCAGUUCCGGGUCCUGAAGCCCUGGUGGGACGUUCUGUCUGAGUACCUGGGCAUCGCCAUGUUGAUGAUCGGCGUGUUCGGCUGCACGCUUCAGCUGACCCAAGACAAGAUAUCAUGUCUGCCAAACCGAUUUACGGAUCUCUCUGGCGAAGACAGAGACUGCAGUCACCUGCGGCAGAACAGAGACAACCAGAGUCUGUGGGAGUUCGCCAUCACCAAACAUCUCGCUCCGAAUGUGGUGGAGGUGUUCGGUCGGAAGAACGGCCUGGAUAUACACCAGUACGAGUUCAUCAACCACUUCUGCUACGAGCGGGCUGUGCACUGGUACGGAAAGUACUUCCCCUACUUAGUGGUCAUUCACAGCAUGAUCUUCAUGGUGGCCAGCAGCUUCUGGUUCAAGUUCCCAGGGACGUCAUCGAAGAUUGAGCUGUUUGUGAUUAUACUGGGCAAAUGCUUCGACUCUCCCUGGACCACCAGAGCCAUCAGCGAAGUCUAUGAAGAACGACGAGAGGAGAGAAUGGUCGUGUGGAGAAAGACUACGAUGGUCAAAUCGGACGACAGUGAGGUAUCUCCAAUCCUAGCCUCCAUAAAGUCCACCUCGGACCAGAAGCCGUCAGAAACGACCACCUCACUCUUGGAUAAGAAAGAAGGAGAGCAGGCCAAGGCCCUAUUCGAGAAAGUCAAGAAGUUUCGGACGCAUGUGGAAGAAGCGGAUCUGCUUUACUUCAUGUACGUCAUACAGACGGCGCUGAAGGUCUUCAAGUUUGCUCUGAUUACUGUUUACAGCGUGGCGCUGGUCCCCAAUAUCCAGAUCGUGGUGAUGUGCUCAGUGCCUCCGGAUCUGACUGGCUUUGCCGCAUUCUGCUGCAACUACAAUAAAGCACAUCUGUUCUCUAAGUUAGCCUACUGCUACAUAUGUUUUGUUGGUGUUUACGGUCUGCUCUGUGUUUAUUCGCUCUAUUGGUUGUUUCACCGACCACUAAAAGAGUAUUCCUUUGAGGCGGUUCGCUUGGAGACUGGAAUUAAUGACAUCCCAGACGUCAAAAACGACUUUGCGUUUCUCUUGCAUCUCAGCGACCAGUACGACGCCCUGUACUCCAAACGUUUCGCCGUCUUUCUCUCUGAGGUCAGCGAGUGCCGUUUACGCCAGCUCAACCUCAACAACGAGUGGACGGCUGAUAAACUCCGCGCUCGUCUGACGCGCAAUGCCUCCGAGAGGCUGGAGCUGCACCUGUUCCUGCUCCCAGGGUUACCAGACACCGUGUUUGAGAUCUCUGAGGUUGAGUCGCUCAGACUGGAGCUCAUCAGUAACGUGACGGUGCCCGGAAGCGUAUCGCAGCUCACCGCCUUACAGGAGAUGGUGCUGAUCCACAGCCCGGCCAAGCUCCAGCUGGCGGCCCUUACUCACCUGCGUGAGAACCUGAAGGUCCUGCGCUUGGUCUUUGAGGGCCCAGAGCAGGUGCCGCUGUGGAUGUACACCUUACAGAGCCUGGAGGAGCUGCACCUGAGCGGCUCUCUGAGCACCGAGCUCUCCCGGAGUCCGGCACUGGACUCUCUACGUGAGCUGAAGAACCUGCGGGUGCUGACCUUACGCUGCAAGUUGACCAAGAUCCCGCCCAGCGUGGUGGAUGUGUCCGGCCAGCUCCUGCGGCUCUGCCUUCACAACGAGGGGACCAGGCUCCAGGUCUACAACAGCCUGAAGAAGCUGGUGAACCUGGGUGCUCUGGAGCUGACCGGCUGUGGUCUGGAGCGGAUCCCUAGCGCCGUUUUCAGCCUGUCCCUCCUGCAUGAGCUGGACCUCCGGGAGAACCGGCUCACCGCCGUGGAAGAGAUACUGAGUCUGCAGCACUGUCGCCGGCUCACCACCCUCAAACUCUGGCACAACGAGAUCUCCUGCUUGCCCGAGUACAUUAGCAAGCUCCGGGCGCUGGAGACGCUGGACCUCAGCUGGAACAAGAUCCGCAGGCUGCCGCCGCGCCUCUGCUACUGCACCAAGCUCCGACACCUGGACCUUUCCCACAACCAGCUGGUGUCUCUGCCCUCGGAGAUCGGCAUCCUUCAGUGCCUGCAGGUCCUCUCGCUGGCCUUCAACUCACUGGAGAGCCUCCCAGAUGAGCUGUUCUCCUGUAAGAGGCUGCAGGUGCUGGCACUGGGGAACAACAGCAUCUCCUCACUGUCCCCGCGGGUGGGGAAUCUUGCUCAGCUGGUUCGGCUGGAGCUGAAGGGGAACCGGUUGGAGUCUCUGCCUGUGGAGAUCGCCGACUGCGUCUCUCUCAAACUGGCUGCUCUGAUUGUGGAGGACGAUCUGAUGGACCUUCUGCCUCCAGAUGUGAAGGACAGGAUGAAGCUCAGAUAAUCUCAGCACCGGAAUACUGCCAUUCACACAGUUGUUUUUAUUAAAUAGAGUGUGCUUUGAACAGCUGAUUCACGUGAUGACAUGAGCCAUGUUUCCAUCAAUGCUCUAUUGCGCAUUUUGACGUAUCAUCGAAAAGGAGUGAUUAAAAUGCCAAAAUUCCAAUAAAAAUCCCUUAAUUCGUAGAAAGGUUUUUACGCUUGCUUGAAGUGGUUUGACGUGAAAAAGAGUUAAUAAGAGUAACAAGAGACGGUUAACCCAUUUGCGGUUAAAAAAAUCCUCCAUGCGCACAGGAAAAAAAGUCUUGUAACAUUGCGCUAUGAGACGGCUAACCUGACUGACCAGCUGACUGAUCUUGUGGCACAGCAUCUGAAAUAUUGAUUUGAUCGUUCUGAAAUACCUGGGCAAAGUCUGUCAGCAAAGUAUUUCUGUAUAAAUGUCUUAAACGAUAGCAGCAUCGCCCUCCAAAAGCAUUAACCGUGUUCACUAGUAAUUUAUGACAAAUAUGAAAAUGAUUAUAUUCAGUGGCUUGUCCUAUGUACCAGUUUAUCAGAAAAUUGGGCUUUUUGGAAGGAAAUGGAUCUUGUUGGCUAACAUUUUAUAUGAUAUUUCAGUUUUGCACAAAAUCACCGGAUUAUUGAUGAUAUGAACUCAAGAAUGUACACUGAUUACAGAAAUUACAAGGAAUUAUUGCGUGAACUUUAUAGACUAGAUCACAUCUGAGACGGGCCGUCCGGUCCGGUUCCUGGACAGAUACUUUCAGUUCAGCCCCAGCAGUCACUAAGUGUUCCUUAGGAUUUUAAUUAGCUGUUUUAGGUGUGUAUGAUUAGGGUUAGAGCUGAACAUCUGCUGAAAGAUGAUAUAGAGCACUAAGGUGUACAGUAACUUAAACCUAAACAAAAGGCAGCUGUGAAACCUUGAGCACUAAACACACACUGAACCGAUGAAUAGAUUCAUCCUGAUGUGUCCUCCAGCUCUUUCUGUGUUUCCUCAGUAGUGUUUAAGCUCAGAUGAUAUUUAUCUAUUGAAGUAAAUUCACUUGUGUGAUUAAACAGCAACACCUGAACUAGUCUGAUUGGAAAUGAAUGCUGUUCUUCUUCCUAACAGCAGAGCGAGCUGUUAAAGAAAUGAAGUUCUUAACAAUGAAGCUACUGUGUGUUGUUUGCUGAUGGUGGGUGUGUCUGAGCCAGUGGAAACUUCCACAGGUGUGUGUGUGUGUGGCUUUACCUUUAUACUAGUUGGCAUUCCUUUUCUUCUCACACAGUAAGAAAACAUUGCUCAUGGAUCUUCAGUUCAGUUCAGUUCAAAUGUCUGAUGUCAUAACUAUACUGAUUGACUAGAGCAUUGGUCUCAAACUCAAUUCUUAGAGAGCCACAGCUCUGCUCCAACCCUAAUCAAACACCUGAUCCAGAUAAUCAAGGUCUUCAGGAUAAUUAGAAACUUCCGAACAGGUGUGAUUUGGAGCUAAACUGUGCAGAGCUGUGGUUCUCCAAGAAUUGAGUUUGAGACCAAUGCUCUAGAGACAAGAACACACACACACACACACACUCCUGAGCUGUGACAGCAGCACAAUCAAGUCUACUAGAAUAUAAUGAAAUUCUGACUGAAUGUUUUGUGCAAAGAAAAUAUUUGCUAGUGUAUGCUUAAAAUGUAAGUUAUAUAUCAACCAGCAGAAUGUAACUCGACUGAUCAGUGAACCUUUGAAUGUCCUGAAGCCUCAGAGACUUCCUCUGCUGGAUGAACCGAUGUUCUUAAUGGAAUAGAAUUACCUUAUCAAAUACUGCAUUCAUUUAUCAAGUAGGAAGACUGUGGAUGUCUGGAUAUUUCUGUGAGAUUACGAAAUAAAGUUGACUAGCCCUGAUAUAUUUCUGUAUAUAUACCAGUCUGUCAGUAUUUGUUUACAGGUGCAUCUGAUUUGUUUUUUGGAUAGUUUUUAUUGUACAGUAUUAGCUUGUAGGUUUUGUACACUGGACUUCCUCCAAUAAAAAAACAUCUUUCUCUUGCACAGAGCAAAUCUGAGUCUGCAGAGAUCGUGCAGUUAAAUUUAAUCUGAUCCCAGUUAAAAGUCUCACCCCGAAGGUGAUUUACUCCGGCUGGAUGUGGACUUUGAUCUCAUGCACACACUGUUAUACUGCUGGCGUGAUUAAACAGGUUUGAUUUAUCCUGUAUUUGUGCAGAGUCAGAACUCAAAAAACAACUGAUGCAUCACAGAGAAUCACUCUUUAAAUCAACAAAGUGGCCUGAAGCCCUCGGGGUCUGCAGCAGAUACAGUGAGGACGGAUGAGAAGGAUCCUGGGAGUUUGGCCUGAAUGCAGUGAGCAAACAAACCCACCAUUGUGUCUGCGUCCUCUUUGAGUUGUAAGCGGCCCAGAAAAACAGCAUUUCUGUUCUGUGACAGCACAAUGUUUGCCUUGUACAGUCACACACAUUCCUGCGGAGAAACGAGCCGCUCGGGUCACCUUGAGCUCAGACGGACAGACGCAUCUUCUGGAGGAGUUAGAACUCACAUCAGAUUCAGGGUUAGAGAUCCUGUCUGU